UGUCAUGUGACGCUGACUAUAGUACAACUCCACCGCCCCGAAUGUAGUCAGUAGGAAGGCUGUUGCACGAGCUGUAAACUCAAGGGCGAACCGCGCCUGUUCUGUAGGCUACCUCCGCGUCCGGACGCGAAGGAAUACCCGGUUCACGGGGCGUUGCAUUGCGGAUUACAUUCUUCUUGAAAUUGUGCAAGGUGAGAUUUUUUUUACUAUCUUUCUUGUUUGACGCUGUUUUGUUGUAGCGGAAUUGCUGCAAGCCGUGCGCCUCUUACCAUAUGCUGCAGCAGCGCUGCAGGACGAAAACAUGUUGACGUCCUGAGACCCGCAGCCGCUCACGCGCGCCCUCGUGGCCGUGGAUAAUCUUCCCCCAAUUAUGCAGAAUCCACACUUGAAAUACAUUCAACAUAAGGAGCUGCUGAUAGAACAUGUGAUACGAAUUAAUAGUAUUCCGUCUAAAAAGGGGUUUACGAUUUUAAUUCGUGGUGUUAUUUCGAUUUCACUAUUUGCCUCACUCUGCGGUCCAUGUUAUUGUCUAUUACAUGUGUUCAGCGCGUGCCGAGGCUGGUUUAUUAGAAUAAUAAUAACCAGCUGCAUUGCAAGCAGCCGGAGCACUGAGGAAGAAUAAUAACGUGAGGCCUGCCAUAGCCGAUCGUAUUUAGACGAUAGAAAAUAAACGUAUGCUGCCUGAGCCAUGGCUGUGGCUCUCUUUGUGGGUCUUCUUGUGCAAAACGGAAGUCCAUGAUGAGAUCCAGUGUGUGUUAAAGUUUGGGGUUAACGGUAGCAGGUGAUGGAUGCCUGUGUGUCGCCUCUGAGCAUCGUGGCCCACGCAUUGCAUCCCUCUCACAGUGUUGACAGUCUCACUCGGUUACUAUCGGUCAGGUUGGCCGAGGGGCCCCUGCAAGGGGCGCCGCUCCUCCAAUCACUGGAACCAAGCUCCGCCAAGGAAAUUAAACGCUGGCCUGGGUAAGAGUUGUCUUUGUGAAUGUUUAGAUCAUAAUCUUAAUGCAUAUCUAUCCACUGGCAUCAGCCAUUACUGUAUUCUAAAACGACCGUAUUUGUGUUAAUGCUUAUUUAGACUUGCUAGAGGCAUUGGAGCAGCCUUGGCGAUCCUUCUCUUUGGUGGAGGGGAGGUGUUGGAGUAGCAGGACUGGUUUCACUAAACCACUGAAGUGACCAGCCCCCUUGUUUCUUUCUUUCGUCCAGGAACUUAUAUUUGGAUCACUCUCUCAAACUAUUGAAGAAACACGGACAUCAAAAGAAGAGAAGGAAUAUCUUUAUUUCCCCCUCAGUUGCCAGGGAUGGUAGAUAACUUCCCAGGAAAGGUGGAGCCUCACGGUGGCUCUCCAAUUGCCUAUGGCCUGUCAGACAUGGUGACUGACUCAGGCUCCUACCAGGUGAUGCCCUCGCCCUUCUCCGAAGACGACCGCAGCGAUUCGUCCAGCCCGCGAUCGUGCUCCAGCCCGGACUCCCAGGUGCUGAGCUCUAGCUAUGGCAGCAACUCAAGCACCGAGAGCCAGGACAGCAUUCUGGAUUACCUGCUGUCCCAGGCCUCUCUGGGGGGCUCCAGCGGGGCCGCGGUCCCCCUGCCCAUGUCUCCUCUUCUCUGGAACUCUCGCAAGGGAGUGUCCUCCAAGCGAGAGCUUUUGAAGGAGGAGAGUUUGGACUUCCCCAUUUGGUCCAGUGUGGAGAUGGAGGAGCCGCUGGGGGGGUCUUUCCAGCCUACGCUGGAGGAGAUCGAGGAAUUCCUGGAGGAGAACAUGGAGGUGGUGAACAUGGAGAACCAGGAGGAGGGCACUGUGGUGUUCGGGCUGGAUGAGGUGCUUUGUGUCAGUGUUGGUCGGGACUGUUGCAAGAAGGCCUCCCUGCCGGAGCCCACAGUGAAAUCAGAGGUCCAUACUUUGGACCAAACGGUUCCAGUUGUCACCAACUCUGCAUCCAUAGCCAACGCCUCCAUCCCUAAAAUGGAAACCAAAACCGCAGCAGUCGCCAACCUCAAACAGGAAUCAAGUGUAGGACCCGACACGGGGCCCAAGACCAUGCUUCCCGACGAGGCUGUGUUCACAAAGAGCAGUGCUGGUGAUGGGGCACCGGUCGUCCUCAGGAUCCAGCCCCUCCGAAUCAAACAGGAGCCAGGGACCGCCCCCCUUGCCCCAGCCAGCAAGCUCCCUCAGCCCUCUCCAGCCUCAGACGUCAGCAUCGCUCAGCUCCUGGUCCACAUCCAGGGCCAGACGUUCGCCCUGGUGCCCCAGCUCUUCCCCUCGCCCAGCCUCAACGCCUCCUCAAAGUUUGUGCGCAUCGCCCCGGUUCCCAUAGCGGCCAAGCCCCUGUGCGCCGGCGACGGGGCGGCCGACCUGGGGGCAGGACUCCUGAUCGGGGCUCAGAAGUUCCAGAAGAACCCGGUGGCAGACCUCAUUAAAAUGUACAAAUGUCAUUUUCCUGGAUGCACCAAGAUGUACACCAAGAGCAGCCACCUCAAGGCCCACCUCAGGCGACACACGGGGGAGAAGCCCUUCGCCUGUAGCUGGCCGGGCUGCGGAUGGAGGUUCUCCCGGUCGGACGAGCUGUCGCGGCACCGCCGUUCGCACUCGGGGGUCAAGCCCUACCAGUGCACCGUGUGCGAGAAGAAGUUUGCCCGCAGCGACCACCUGUCCAAACACAUCAAAGUACACAGCUUUCCGCGGCGCAGCAGGACUCAGCGCACGGCUAGCUGAGCUUUUGUUUUGCUAGUUAUAUCUUGUUGUUUUCUGAGGAAGAGCGAGAGCUUGCGACAUUCUAAUUUAUUGUGCAAAGACAAAGCAACCAAGAGUUCCUCUCUGCUCCUCAGCAGAGCUCCCCAGGGGGCGGUUGUCACACCUAGUGCUUUAACAUGUUGUGCUCUUUGUUUGUUGUCCAAGUCUCCCAUUAUCGACACAAGCCCAUAAGAUAAGCUCAAUUUGACGUUGUUUGAAGUAUGUUAUGCUUUGCUAAUGUACCUAGUGUGUCAGUGUUUCCUUGUUUUUAGCUGGACAGAAAAGAAACAAAAAUAAAAAACGAAAAUGCCUUUUCUACCAUUUGGGAAGCUGCCAAUGUCUCUCCGACAUUCCUCCAUUUUAUGCAAUGUCACAGGUUGGGUGUGUGAUGCCCUCUGACCGACCUCUGAUGGAUCUGUGAAGGAUCUCUGGUAGAUCUCUGAUGGUUCUCUGGCUCGGUUCCAGUGAUGGCCACAUCAGGUUACCAAUGUACACUACUGAACACAUAGCAAGGAAAGGUCGCUAUAAGGGGGGGUUCCCAAGUCAAAGUCACCACGUGUUAAAGGUACAUUUCAUUGCUCGAUAUGUGACUGAACUGUAAUAUGGAGCAACGUAAGCAAAUGCAAAACUAUGUACAACUACAGUUAGAUAAGCACAUGUCAAUGAUGGUCGAGCAGACCAUCUGGUGAUCAGUGCUAACUGUAAAAUGUUUUUAUAUUCUAGUGUUUAUUGAGAUAUUUACUUGUUAAUCUUUCUUCUUAUCACCAUCAUCAUCUCUGGCCUUACUGUAAUACAAAGCCCUCAGUGAAGAGCUCAACAGUUGAAAAAAAUCUGUUUCUUCAGUUCUAUAUUUUUGAUCAAGAUGACUGUAAUAUCGAUUUUUUAAUAAUUAAGGUUUUAUAAUACAGCCAAUGUCAAACAAACAAUGCAUUUCAAGAAAAUGUAGUGUGUGUGUUUGUAAUUAAUUAUGCAUUUAAUCACUGCCUUUGUGAAUUGAUACAGAUUCUGCCUCAACUAUGCUAAUUUGAUACAACAAUAGUCAGACCCACCUUUGCCAUCACCUCUUGGGUUGAGGUGCUCAGAUAUGACACUCCAUGGUGCUGAACAAUACGAAGAAUGGCCUGCUGGGAAAUGGAGUUGCAAAAUACACAACUUGGCCAUAACAGAGUUGUUUUUGAUCCUUUGCUCUUGAAAUGUAUGCUUAUGUAACAAUGGCAUGUAGUGAACUGUAAGUGUGUGAAAAUGCCGUUCAUGCAUUAUUCAUGAAUGAACCAGAUGAUAUUGUACGUCAUUCCUUCUCAUUCAAUUUUUGUAUUUUCAAUGCCUGUUGAACACAGGUGUUUUAUCGCAUCCUAUGAAUGUACAGCAUAUAUAUGCGCUCUUCAGUAGCCACAUUCAUGGCAAACACAGAAGACUGUUCUGAUAUUCAUCAGUGUUGUGAACAUUGCUUGUGUAAAUCCCUAAAUGUGCACAUUUACAUAUUUCACUGCAUAAGAAUAUAUUAUAUAUUUUUUCUUUGUUCUACUCAAGCUAUAUUUACAAAUAAAAGUUGAGAAUAAAGUGAACAUGCUGAAAAUGUUUUGAAUUAAAUUGUAUAAAGAAAAGUUUGUCAAUAGUGGAAUAUUUCUGAAUGUAGUUGCAUAAUGUAACAUCAUUGACUUCAGGUGAAUCCCAUUGCACUUGUGUAAUGUGUGCUAUGGAGUCAGCCAUCUCAAUAUCAAAGGGACCCUAUUUUAGCAGAUGUUAGUGUAAUGAGCCAUUCCAAGCCAUCUCAAAUUCUGCCCUGCCCCCAGACGUAGUGACAUCACACAUGGGAGGGUCCAUAGAGAUGAUGGAUGGGUAAUCAUACCAGUUGGUACAGUCAACUGGGUAGGAUGGUAGGCUGAUCUGUCCAUCUGAUACAUCAGGGUCUGACACCAGUCUGACAUUUAAUCUGACAAUUAAACUGGAACACCCCUGAGGUCGGAUUUCCGACUCGUUAAGUCGGAAGAAUCUCGCAAGUCCCAAGACGGCUGAAGAUCCAAGAUGGCUGUGUCCCACGGAUCAACAUUAGUCAAGGUUGUAGUAAUAUACCGUUUAAGCAUCUGUCUUAUUUGAGUCUCUUUAAAUCAGUUACACACAGUAAUGCCCUAUUUCUAUCUGUGAAAUUGGGUGUUGGAGCUGGAGCUGGUGCUGCUAAUGGGAUCUUGGUGUUCACAUACCGGACGAGGUCAUCUAUGUGACGUCAUUCACAGCUCUGUCUUACCAGGUAACACAGCAAUAAUGGUUCCAUAUGCCUCGUACACCGCCUGCACGAGUUGCAAGGUUGGAAAUCUCCCAGCUUGCUUGCAGCUCGGCUGAGAAUAGGGUGACCAUUUCAAUAACACCAAAAAGGAGGACAUUAUGCGGCAUAUUAAUAAAUUACUAUGGUGUACAUAGGACUCUGGUAUACUCUCAUUUAUAGUACAAUUUUGAGUGGUUUAAAGAUGAUCUUUGUGUAGCUGAAUAGGAAAAAAUAUUAAUGAAAAGUCAAAAAGUGUUUGUUCACAGUAUUUGUAGUUAUUCAAUACAUUGUGGUGUUCAAAAAGUGACCACUGAGAGUAAUCUUUUAAAGUGAAGAGUGCCACAAAGCAUAACAUGUGGGGACUUAAAUGUGAAAAACAAUUAACAGGUAACAACAUAAUAAAAAAAAAUGCUUUUUAA